GGUACAACCUGAAGCAGUUCUGAGGGAUUUUUCUGACACAUAGCAAGGGACGUUAGACGCAGAAAAUCAGUAAGCAGAAGAGGGUGACAAUGUGUUUAGAGUGUAAGAAAGCUCGGUCUCGUGUGGCAGCUCAGAGCAGACGGGAGAAAGAAAGCCAGCUGUUUCGAGAGUUAGCGGCCCUGCUGCCGCUGACCCCGUAUGAGGCAGAUCAUCUGGAUAAAGCCUCUGUCAUUAGAGUCACAAUCUCCUACCUGCACCUCAGAGCUCUACUGGAUAUUCCUGACUCCACAACAGCACAAGCUAUGAUGCAUCCUGCCUCAACAAGUCAGGGGGAGCUGCAAGAAUCAAUCGAGACGUGGUUUCGAGAAACACUUGAAGGAUUCCUGCUCUUAUUGUCCUUGUGUGGCAAGAUUAUCUUCAUCACAAAGGAUGUCGUCUCUCAUAUAGGAAUCAAACAGAUGGAUCUGAUUGGCCGGAGUUUGUUUGAUUUCAUUCAUCCCUCUGAUCACAAGGAAAUCAAAGAGAUUCUUACAAGAAUAAUAGGGAGUGAAGGCCAGCAGAAGUGUGAGGUUUUCUUCCGAAUCAAAGGUGCAGUCAAAAACAUGCUGACUCCCUGGCAGGUGAUUCACUGCACUGGAAAGAAAAAGUCAUCAUCUAUUCCAGGAUCCAGCUAUCUGCUCCUCCUGUGCAGAUCAUUACCUGUGCAAGACGUCCUUGAGAUGGAGGCUCAUCUGAAUUUCAAAACAUUCUUGAGCAUCCAUGAGCCAGAUAUGAAGUUCACCUACUGCCACUCUGGGGUCUUGGAACUGACUGGCUUUAGUGCCAUUGAGCUGUAUGGUCAGUCUGUGUACCAGUACUAUCAUCCAUCGGAUUGCCAGCAUAUCUUCAAGGCACACCUCUGUUUGUUCUCAAAGGGCCAGGUGUAUACUGGGAAGUAUCGGCUCCUACAGAAGCACGGCGGCUAUGUUUGGGCAGAGACAGAUGCCACGGUUGUGUAUAGCGUUCGCACAGGGAAACCAGAGAGAAUCGUGUGCAUCAACUAUAUUCUAAGUGGAGUGGAGCUUCCAGAUGUGGUGCUUUCACUAGAACAGACAGAGUGCCUGCUGAAUGCCUUCCAUGCACCAUACCGGUAUACUACAAUAACACCUAAUGAGACCAAUCAGGCAACAUCUACAACUACUGACAAGGACGCCAGCUUUGUGGCCUCUCCCUAUGACCGAGACCAACCAACCAACAGUUGUACGGAGAUUUUGCAUGGGGCUGCUUUGUGGGGCUCACUUUCCAAUAAGGACAUGUGUGACCUGGAUUUGGAUAGUCUAGCCCCGUACAUUCCCACACACGAGGAAGACUUCCAUUUAACUCCUACAUUAGAUGGAGCGGCAAGUGAUUCAGUACUAAACAGACAACCACCCUCUCUCAGUGAGACAUGGUUAACUCGGGACCAAAAGCUGCCCGCAGAUUCGGAAGCAGUCCGUUUCCACCGGCUAAACAUGAACAAGAACCCUAUAUUCAUUUCAUCAAGCCAGAGGCAUGAGAGAGCACACACAAUGCAUAAAAACCAACAGGAGCAAUUUAAGAGACAAAUCUCCAUUCCUGAAAAAAACACCAAUCACUGGAGAGACGUCUCUGAACAUCUGACUAAAUCUAUCUCGGAAAUCUUUGAUGGAAGAACAGUCUGGAAUUACAGCCAGAGUUACAUAGAGCCAGUGCAUUUGGCCUACAAAUAUGCCGAGCUUUCAUGGUGUCCUCCGGGAUCUUCAUCGCAACAUAGCGACCAAAACACAGAAGAAAAAAUGCCCUCAGGGUUAGUUAACUUGCCUGUACUAAGCAGGUGGGAAUGUGAAGUGAACGCGCCUCUGGGACCCACUUCACACUUGCUUCAAGGGACUGAACUCACCAACGUCCUGGAUCAGGUUGCUUCAGGGGCAUGGUACUAAUGACGGCAACGCAGGAGCCUGCAGGAAAGUCUAAAUGUGCUUACAUUUUCACAUUAAGGCUGAUUCCACAAUGGAAGUGCCAGUU